UGUUUAGAAAAUAAUCGCAACUUAAUUCGCAUUGUUAGUCAGAGAAAUCGCAGUUAGGAAUAUGCAAUUUUUGAAUUUGCAGUGUUUCGUAAAACCAACACGUUUGAAAAUAUUUGCCCACAGUUAAGCCCCGCCCACUUAGCCUACAGCAGUUUAGCCCCGCCCACUCAACCUACAACUGUUUCGUCCCGCCCACUUAGCCUACAGCAGUUUAGCCCCGCCCACUCAACCUACAACUGUUUCGCCCCGCCCACUCAGCCUACAGCAGUUUAGCCCCGCCCACUCAACCUACAACUGUUUCGCCCCGCCCACUUAGCCUACAGCAGUUUAGCCCCGCCCAUUCAUUUGACUCAGAGCGCAGGCCGCCCUGCUUUUACUAAAUGAUCAGAGAGAAAUUACACAUCAAGCUCUGUAAAAUUUUGGGUUCUCUGCACAAAUGAAGGUUGUCUGCUGUAACUGAAGGUUCUUCUCUGCUGUAAAUAAAAGGUUUUCUGUAGUAAAUGAAGGUUCUUUUCUGCUGUAACUGAAGGGUCUCUGUAGUAUCUAAAGGUUCUACUCUGCUUUAACUGCAGGUUCUAUUGUGCUGUAACUGAAGGUUCUCUGUAUGAGUUCUCUGGUGUCUUCUGUUCGUGUUGGUUGUUUUAACUUUAUUGUUUAGUUUAGUUUGUGGGCUGUAAGGUUCUGUUGUUUUCGGUCCAGCGGGCCGCUGUGCUGUGAGGUGGCCGCACCUUUGGUCAACAGUCACACAGUCACAGUUACACAGCUUAUGAAGUGACCUGAGCUGGAGUCGUGAUAAGAGUGACCCAGACCGGGACGCUCUGUGACACUUUCACACCUCAGCCACAGUAAUGAUGUUUAACAAUUUAUGAAAUAUAGAUUAAUUAGUGAGGAUUAGUGAUUAAUCAGUGAUAAUCAGUGAUGAUCAGUGAUGAUUAGUGCGCUGGUGAAUGCUUUGUGAAGCCCUCAGUAGGUCGGUGUUGCUCUGCAGAUGGAGGAGCAUCAAAAAAGUCUUUAAAUGAUUAAAACUGACACAGAUUAUUCGUUUACAGAACCCUCAGAACAUCAGGACUGAAACCUGGACUGAUCUGUUGUGUCUUAAUCAUUAUCAGACAUGCUGAUCUCAGAUCUGGACUCCGGCCUGACGUUCUCCGAGCUGUGUGAGGAGGUCAGGGAGAUGUGCGGAGUCCGCAGGGAGCUGCCAAUCACGCUGAAAUGGAUCGAUGAUGAAGGUGACCCGUGCACCAUUUCCUCUCAGAUGGAGCUGGACGAGGCGUUUCGGAUUUACAGCAGAAACAAGCGCUCUGGACUCCUGCUCCAUGUAUUCCCAAGUAUUCCUGAGAAACCUGGAAUGCCAUGUCCAGGAGAGGACAAGUCCAUCUAUCGGCGUGGCGCUCGGAGAUGGAGGAAGCUGUACAGAGUAAACGGACAUCUUUUCCAGGCCAAGCGCUUUAACAGGAAAGCGUACUGUGGUCACUGCAGUGAGAGGAUAUGGGGUCUGGGGCGACAGGGUUACAGGUGUAUCAACUGCAGACUGCUGGUUCAUAAGCGCUGUCAUAAACUCGUCCCUCUGAGCUGUCAAAGGCAUAUGGAUCCAGUCAUGCCCUCCCAGGAGCCGUUGGUUGAUGAUAAAAGUGGAGACGAUGAAGUGGAGCUCCCCCCGGAGGACCCGGAGGAGACAGACACCAUGCCCUUCUUGGCUCACAACCGUAAGGUGGAUAAACCUGAGGAUGAUUCUGAGGAUCUGAAGGCGGUGGUGGACGGGAUGGAGGGGCUGCAGAUUUCGGAGGGUUUGGGUUUGGCUGAUUUCGAUCUGAUCCGUGUGAUCGGUCGGGGCAGCUACGCUAAAGUGCUGCUGGUUCGGCUGAAGAAGAACGAACACAUCUACGCCAUGAAGGUGGUGAAGAAGGAGCUGGUACACGAUGACGAGGACAUAGACUGGGUUCAGACGGAGAAGCACGUGUUUGAGCAGGCCUCCACCAACCCCUUCCUCGUGGGUCUGCACUCCUGCUUCCAGACGGAGAGCCGGCUGUUCCUGGUGAUCGAGUAUGUAAAUGGAGGAGAUCUGAUGUUCCAUAUGCAACGACAACGGAAACUUCCAGAGGAACACGCCAGGUUCUAUGCUGCUGAAAUCUGUAUCGCUCUGAACUUCCUGCAUGAGAAGGGCAUCAUCUACAGAGAUCUAAAACUGGACAAUGUUCUUCUGGACCAGGACGGUCAUAUCAAACUCACGGACUACGGCAUGUGCAAGGAGGGAAUCAGACCAGGAGACACAACCAGCACUUUCUGCGGCACUCCGAACUACAUCGCUCCGGAAAUCCUGAGAGGAGAAGAUUACGGGUUCAGUGUGGAUUGGUGGGCUCUUGGUGUGCUGAUGUUUGAGAUGAUGGCCGGCAGGUCUCCGUUUGAUAUCAUCACCGACAAUCCUGACAUGAACACGGAGGAGUAUCUGUUCCAGGUUAUUCUGGAGAAGCCGAUCCGUAUUCCUCGCUCUCUGUCUGUAAAAGCAGCGAGUGUGCUGAAAGGUUUUCUAAAUAAGGACCCCAAGGAGAGGCUGGGGUGCCAGGUCCAGACAGGCUUCACUGACAUCAAGUCCCACACGUUCUUCAGAAGCAUCGACUGGGACCAGCUGGAGCAGAAGCAGGUCACUCCGCCGUUCAAACCUCAGAUCACAGACGACUACGGCCUGGACAACUUCGACACGCAGUUCACCAACGAACCCGUGCAGCUAACGCCGGACGACGAGGAUGUGAUAAAGAGAAUAGACCAGUCGGAGUUUGAAGGGUUCGAGUACAUUAACCCUCUGCUGCUCUCCAACGAGGAAUCCGUAUGAGGGGGCAGGAAAACAAAUAAACAAAUAAACAGAUCGGCUCCUCUUCGCUCCACCUGCGGCCGGAGGACUGCUGAGGCUGCGGGAGCUUCACUCUGACCGUCCGCUCGCGGUCAGGCGGAGGGAGAACGAGCCGGACUUUCCUUUCUGUUCCUUCUACACUGCGUUCAGGACUGUGGGCAGCGCUGCUGCGGAACCUCUGAUCUCGGACUUAUCUGGAGUUUAACGUGGGCGGAGCUGGAGGAGCUGCACCCAAACAAAAGUCCCCCAAAACGAACAAAAUGAACUAAACGUUCAGCCGCUGAUUGUCUUCCUCCCACUCAGCAUCAUCCUCAGUGAUUCUGAAGCCCAUGUCUGAAAGUUUGUUUGUUUGUUUGUUUGUUUGUUUGUCUGGGACUGACCCGGCUCCAUCGUUCUGUGCCUGCACACGUCAUUUUUUCAGACGUUCUCCAUCGACCCCUGGCUAAAAAAAUGACGGUUCUACUUGAGAACUCGAUUUAAAUGUGCACUUUUCUUUUGUAUUCUGUUUGUUUUUAAUGGAGUCCUGUAGGGGGCGCCAGCCUCCAGCAAAAACAAGAAUGUAGGACGAUUAAGGGAAAACGGAGCUGAAUCUUGUAUUAUAGUGUAGGUAGCCAAUCAAAGAAUUUAUGAUGCCUUUUAUUGUUUAUUGAUGCAAAAGUGGCACGUUUUAAAGUCGUAAACAUGAUCUGAUCCGCGGA